GCUAACCCUGACUUUCCGGAUCUCUCGCUGUUGUUUUGAUGCCAGCACACUCGUUCAGCGCAUACCUUCAACAUCUCCCAUCGGCUGUCUUCACUCGCUGACAGCCAUGCGGUUUCUAACCUAUUCCCUGCCCUUCAUUGCAAGUGCUAUAUCACUCUUUGGGGCCAGUGUACAAGCUCGAUCACAAGCUCCAAGUGCCAUUCGUCAUGUCUCGACGCUUGACCAGCCCACCAUCAAGACGCCCUCGCAGCGGGUCGAUCACCUUGACCAUUUUGACAUCACCUUCAAUAUUCAUGACACGCACCAGCGGAUAAAGCUGGAGCUGGAACCCAACCACGACAUUCUGGCAGAAGACGCAUCCGUACAGUACCUCGACGCCGACGGGAACGUGCGACGCCACGAGCCCAUUGCCCGACAUGAGCACAAGGUCUUCAAGGGGAGGAGUCUACUCGGGCGAGGAAAAGGCAUGUGGGAUCCGGUCGGAUGGGCGCGGAUCUACUUGAAGCAGGAUGGUUCGGAGCCACUGUUUGAGGGAGUCUUCAGUGUCGACGGCGACAACCAUCACGUUCAGCUGAAAUCGGCAUACAUGGAGAAGAAACGCCCCGUGGAUGUCGACCUUCCUGACUCAGCGAAGGAUUAUAUGAUCUUCUACCGGGAUUCGGAUAUGGUGCGUCUACAUACGGAAUUGAAGCGGUCGUCGCUCGGAUCAACCUCGUGUCAAGCCGAUCAGCUCGGCUUCAACACCAACCCCAACCACCCUGUGCUACAACCGUACGUCCAGGCGGAACCGGAUGCGUGGGGAGCGAUGUCGUUGAACUCUUUGUUUGGACUCAACAAGCGCCAGUCUGAUAUCGGAAGUGUGUCCGGUAAUGCUGGUGGUGUCAAUCUGGCGUCGACCAUUGGCGAUACUUCGGGCUGUCCGAGCACGAAACAGGUGGCUCUGAUUGGCGUUGCAACGGACUGCUCCUUUACCGGCUCAUUUAACAACGAGACGGCCGCCAAGGAAUGGGUCAUCAGUACUGUGAACAGCGCGUCCAAUGUUUACGAAAAGUCCUUUAACAUUACGAUUGGGCUGCGGAAUUUGACCAUCACCGACAGCUCGUGCCCCGACAACCCGCCUGCAGCCACGGCAUGGAACAUGCCCUGCUCUAGCGGAAAUCUCACCUCCCGACUGGAUCUGUUCUCCAAGUGGCGCGGUGAGCAAUCGGACGACAAUGCUUAUUGGACCUUGAUGAGCGAUUGCGCGACGGGCAACGAGGUCGGACUGUCCUGGCUGGGUCAACUCUGUAAUAGCGAUGCUUCUUCGGAUGGCUCCAGUACGGUCAGUGGAACUAACGUUGUCGUUCGGUCUUCCGGCUCGGAUUGGCAAAUUUUUGCUCAUGAAUCUGGCCACACCUUCGGCGCCGUCCACGACUGUGACUCUCAGACCUGUGCGCAGGAUCUUGAAGCUUCGUCUCAGUGCUGUCCUUUGACCUCAAGCACCUGCGAUGCCAACGCAAAAUACAUUAUGAACCCCACAACUGGCACAGACAUCACCUCGUUCUCGCAAUGCACUAUCGGAAAUAUUUGCGCAGCCCUGGGCCGCAACAGCGUCAAGUCCAGUUGUCUCUCCGCCAACCGCGACGUCACCACCUACACUGGUAGCCAGUGCGGCAACGGAAUCGUCGAGUCCGGCGAAGACUGCGACUGUGGCGGGGAAGAUGGCUGUGGCGACAACAACUGCUGCGACGCGAAGACAUGCAAGUUCAAGUCGGGAGCUGUGUGUGAUGACUCCAACGACAGCUGCUGUUCAAGCUGCCAAUUCUCCUCAGCCGGGACAGUAUGUCGCGCCAGUCGCGGCGACUGCGACGUUGCAGAGACUUGCAGCGGCAACUCCAGCACUUGUCCCACCGACUCGUUCAAGAAGGACGGCACCAGCUGCGGCAGCAGUGGCUCGGGACUCGCCUGCGCGAGUGGCCAAUGCACCAGCCGGGACUACCAAUGCCGCAGUGUAAUGGGCAGUCUCCUCCACAGCAACGACACCUACGCAUGUUCCUCCUUUAGUUCCUCCUGCGAAUUGGUCUGCACCUCCCCGAAGAUCGGCACGUGCUACAGCGUCAACCAAAACUUCCUCGACGGCACUCCCUGUGGCAGUGGCGGCUACUGCAGCAACGGCGACUGCAAGGGCCAGAACGUCGAAUCCUGGAUCAAGAACCACAAGGGCAUAGUGAUUGGUGUCGCCUGCGCCGUAGGUGCCCUCAUCCUUCUAGCCCUGAUGACCUGCAUCGUGAACCGCUGUCGUCAAGCCCGCGCCCCCAAACCCGUCCCGCGUCCAGUGCCCUACGGACCCUGGCCCGGCGCUAGACCUCCCCCGCCGCCGCCCAUGAACCAGUGGCCGGCGCGAGGCUAUCAAGGAUUAGGGAACGAGCCGCCGCCACCCUAUCCAGGUGUAGCUGGCCAGCCAGUACCGCAAUACAUGUCUCCCCAGGGGCGGUACGCUUGAUUGACUUUAGUAUGCAUUAUGAUUCUUGCAGCCACUAGCAUUGCAUUUUGUAACGAUUGAUUGAUUGAACUAAUUGAUCUUAACAUUCUUUGUCU